UGUUAGUGUUGGGUUGUCACUGUACGAGCAAAAUGACUGGGCACGAUCAUAUAUCCUUUUGUUUAUGUGAUUUAUUCAGGCUGUUGUGGACACUGUUGUUGCCGUGUGUAUACCUUUCUCUCGUGCUGACGGGAGUGUUGUUCCUGCUCAUCGCAGGGAUUCGUACCUGGUUCCAAGCCAACAGGAAAGCGCGCAGGACUCAAGAAGGCCGGCCUUGUGUCGCCUUCUUUCACCCAUACUGUAAUGCAGGUGGAGGGGGAGAAAGAGUGCUCUGGUGUGCCAUAAGAGCCGUGCAGAAUAGGUACCACCAUGUGGAUUUUGUUGUGUAUACAGGGGAUCAGGGUGUGACGGGAGAACAAAUUAUAGAUGGAGCUUGGCGACGCUUCAACAUCCGCAUGCCCCGUCCUCUGAAAUUUGUCUUCCUGAAACAUCGGUUCCUGGUCGAGGCUAAUUUGUACCCACACUUUACCUUGCUUGGCCAGAGCCUUGGCUCACUCUUUCUAGGCUGGGAGGCCCUGACUGCCUUUACCCCGGACCUCUUUAUCGACUCCAUGGGUUACGCGUUUACUCUGCCAAUCUUUCGCUACCUGGGAGGCUGCAGGGUGGUCAGCUAUGUGCAUUACCCCACCAUCAGCACAGACAUGCUUUCUGUGGUCCGUGACAGAAACCCAAGGUUCAACAAUGCAGACUACAUCAGUAACAACCCCAUACUAAGUGCAAUUAAGGUGAUUUACUAUUGUGCCUUUGCCCUUCUGUAUGGCCUUGCUGGCUCCUGCAGUGACCUUAUCAUGGUCAAUUCCACCUGGACACUGGGUCACAUUCUGGCACUGUGGCGCGCCCCAGACCGAACCAGUGUGGUCUACCCACCAUGUGAUGUCCAAGCCUUUCUCAGUGACCCCCUGGAGGAGGAAAAAAAAGGCAAUAAGCUCCAUUCUAUUGUGUCAGUGGCUCAGUUUCGACCUGAGAAAGACCACCAACUGCAGAUCAGGUCCUUUCGGAAACUUCUAGGUCGGCAUGAGGCGAAACCUGGCAGCAGGGAUAUGGUGAAGCUGGUUAUGAUAGGUGGAUGUCGGAACCAGGAAGAUGAGGACCGGGUGCUGAUGCUGAGGGGGCUGUGCCAGGAGCUGGGCGUGGCUGAUAGGGUACAAUUUAAGCUGAACAUUCCUUUUGAGGAGCUAAAGAAGGAGUUGAUGGAGGCAACGAUCGGCCUGCACACCAUGUGGAAUGAACAUUUUGGCAUUGGUGUGGUGGAGUGCAUGGCUGCUGGAACAAUAAUUCUGGCUCACAAGUCUGGUGGUCCGAAACUGGACAUUGUUGUAGCUCAUGAUGGUGGCAUUACUGGUUUUCUGGCUGAUGAUGAGGAUAGCUAUGCUGAUGCCAUGGAGAAAAUCCUGGCCCUGUCCCCUGAUGCACGUCUCGAAAUCCGGCACCGUGCUCGUCAGUCUGUCAGCCGCUUCUCUGAUCAGGAGUUUGAAGGAUCAUUCCUGGCUGCCAUGGAGCUUCUGAUGGAUACUCUGGAGCAAUGAGUGAAGUGGCUUAUAAAUACUGACGUAAUGUAGUCAAACUGUAAUACACACAGUUGCAUGUUCAUCUUGCAGAACAUUACAGUUUUCCAUCUGGGUGGGUGAUGUAGAAAUAUCAUAUUGCGCUACUAAAAGACAAUUAUGCAAAGUGAUUCUCAACUUUUUUUGGCUGCUGGGCCACAAGCAGGCCUAAACAAUAGACAAUAGCUGACACUGCACGUCACACAAAUGCAUGAAUGCAUACAGAUAAUAUACAGUACGGUACAGAAGUGCAGAUUGAGAACCCAUGUACACCACAAGUAUCUGUAAAACCAUAUUACAUUUCAGUUUUAUAGGCUUUCUAUAUGACCUGUGCAGUGAGGGGGAGACAAGUAUUCAACCACUUUUGUUGUUCAUGACCAAUAAGAAGGUAGCAAUAAAGCCAGCAGUCAUAGAGCAAUCUGAAAGCAGCUGGAACAACAGUUAAGCUGUACACAGUAAGCAAAGAACUCAUUCUCACAGCCCUUUCAAAACUCAAAAGCAAAAAAAAGCAAUUUCCACACAAGCAUUUAGACAAAUCAGAGCAAUAGUCAGAUCAAACACGAACUCUGGCAAUAAAUCAACGUGCAAUUUUUGCAGAUAGAAAGUUUGCAUGUAUGAUCCAAAAAAGGCUACACACAGUAAAUUAUGGAGCCAGGACCAAUAUGAUAUGCUCAUUUACAUUUAGGACAUUUAGCAGAUGCUUUUAUCCGAAGGCAGCUUGGAUAGACAUGGAACAACUGAGUGUCCCAACAGUGGUAAUCUGGUAGGUGGACAGGCUUGAAUCAGCGACCUUCUGAUUACUAGUCCAGUACUUUUAUUGCUGAGCUAACAUGGCCCUGGACAAACAGGGCCUGGGCGUUAAAGUUAUUGAAGGAAACAUUAUUAAGCAUGACUGGUUUUUAAAAAAGGGGAAAGCUUUGGAAAGCCAAAGAAAUGGGCCAAAAUUAUACCACAAUGCUGCCUAAAGCCUAAAUGAUUUGGGUUUAUUGAGCAGAUCUUUGUAAUUACAAAUGUAAAAAAAAAUUGAAAAUAAACAAAGUUAAACAGCAUUGUGUGUAUGCUGAAAGUGGAUGUAUGGACUGGAAAUAAAAUUGAAAUGGUUAAAGACUUGUUUCCGACCACUGUAAAUCUGACAAUGACAAAUGAAAUUGUAAUACAAAUUUAGUUAAAAAUGGCUCUUAAUAGUGGCAAAAAAUUUAAUGUAUCGUAUUAUUGAUAUAGUGACAGAUCGCCUAGCCCUGGUUCUACAAAACUAAACUUCUUCUAAAAAUGCACUACAACAUAAUUAUAACACAAUACAAACUGUGACAACACAAGGACAUACAACAAGGUAACAGUUCAUAGACUUUAAAAAUGCAUUUUUAUAACAGAAAUGUUUUGGCAGUGUUUUGUUAUUGUAAAUGGGUGUUAAUUAUAUUACAGCUUAAUUAUAAGUUUGCUGUGAAAUUCAUGUGGUUGUCAGUUUUUUGUAAUGCUCACUUCUGUUCUAAAGAAAAAAGAAGCACCAGACAGAAAAUGAUUGCAAAUAAAUUCAACUUAUUAUAUACUGAAAAAAGAAAUACUUAACUUCCCUUAUAUUAUUAUCAGCCAAGACAUGUUUAAUGUCUAAAUAUGCCCCUAUAGUUUUAGUAAGGAACGCUACCUACCAGUUUAGCAUUGUGUGCAAUUUAUGUUUGAAUCUUAUGCUGUAUUACAUGCUGUUAUAACGAUGGACAAAGGUAGUUUGAGUUAAAUAAGAGCUAAAUGUUGUAGAAACCACCUUCAAAGCAGUCUAAGGUGGGACAAACAAUAUAAAUGUCCAAUUACCAAUCAACAGAGAUGCAAUUGUGUCAAUUUCCUUACUAGUUUUGUAACAAAUUUUGCCUUUAGAAAUUGUUUCAUUUUUGUUAAUUUCAUUCUUAUUAAAAAA